AUGUAUGAGUGUGGAGCUGAAAACACGAUCAAAACGUGCGGGUGUAGACCUGCCGGAUACAGAGGUAUAAUGAUAUUAUUAUUUUCCCCUGGAUUCCAAAUAUUUGCAAAUCAAUAUCAGGUCCUUCGAAGCUGAUGGCUUUGUUUUCGCACUUUCUACGAAAAACCUCUUUUUUAAUCAAAUUUCCAUAGCCCUAGCGGUAGACUGAGCCUCAAAUCAUACCCAUUGUGUACUGGAUCUAAGCAAAUUCCACGCAUCUCGUGUGGCGCUUUUUGAAAAAGCAGGUGAUCGUCUUUACCUGGCUAAUAAGAUUUUGGACUUGUGAGUUUGGCCAACCAAUCAAAUUGCAAUAAAAACUGUCCGGCCCAUUUAGCCCGAACUGAGUACUGUUUAGGGACUUUUCCACCAACGUUGGUUUUUGCUUUUGUUUUUUUUUGUUGUUGUUGUUUCAUUUUGUUUGUUUGUUUGUUUGUUUGUUUCGAAAGCAAAACUGUGGACAGGACCUCAGUCUUUGUUAUACCUUUUGAAAUAAAUCAAAGCUAUACUAUCACAUGCAUGCACAUGAUAUUUAUUUGGCCCUAUGAUUAAUUCUACAUAUUUCUACACUCUUUACUUAAAAAAGCUGCUGUUUAUUUUGUGUAUUAUCCUUAUCAUAAGGUGCUCCCCAAGCUCAUACUUGUGGAUCAACAACAGAACGAAGUUGUGUUUCCCAAGUAGAUGGUGAGUUAGGGCAUUGACUAGGAGAACAUAUACAGGCGGGAAAUGUUUCAAGAUAUUGUUUGACUCAAACUGUUCUUUUAGAAGCACAAUAAAGUACAUGAUUGUGUAAGCUAUUGAAAGUAAUGUUAUUGAACAUUAUUUACAAGCAAUAACAGCGCUUGCCCAAACUGCAUUUACACUUGCAAAAGCCAGAUCCAGAAAAUGAUUAAAAAAGCGAUACGAGAGUUCAUGCUUGAGUUCGACCUCGAAACAGAGUGUUCAGGAGCUCACGUGUUUUCCUUCUUUCAAAACGUGCAAGUUAAUCUCGUUCGUUAGAUGUAAAAAAUCGUCAAUAAGCCAGUAUUUGCCAGCCUUUCGACUCUCCCAUAGCUGAGUGAACAUAUUCUAGACCAAAUGUAGUGGCAGCGAGAAUUAUACCGUCACAGUAAAUAAAUAGAAUAAAUAAAGUGUCUUUAUUGUUCAAAAGAUAAAAUUACAUAUCUUAUGUUACAUUUAAAUAUAACAACAGUAGAAUUGACCAACCUUUAUCUUUGACUAUGUAGCUGUGUUAGACGAGGAGUUCUGCGGAUGCCAAGUUCCUUGCUCCCAGACUAAGUAUACUACAGAGGUGUCGUAUUCCAAGUUUCCAGAUCCUGGCACUGCAGAAUCCCUUAUGACGACUGGUUACUACCCUAACAUACAGUACCAAAGGUAAUGGACCAAGAUGACAAAUGUUAUCCAUCUGAGAUGUGCGCGCAAGCAGUAUAGGACCGGUUAGAGACAUUUUUAAUUUGCGGGGAAUCAUAUAAACGCAGCUCGCAUCAUAGCCUUUAGUUUUUACCUCAUGAAUUAGACAAUGUUUUUUUUUUUCAGGGAUAAUCUCGUGCUUCUGCAAGUGGGAUUCAAGUCAUUGAGUUACGAGAUGCAGGAACAGCAACCAGCUUAUGACAGCAAUUCAUUGUUUGGUAAAACCAUCUUCAUUUUAAUCUGUUUUCGAAGCUCAGCGUAAGGAAAAACCUAACCACUCUUCAUAUUUAUUCUAGUAGUCAAGCUUAACCUAAUGUUAUCUCAUCCUCCACUCAUCUCCAUUUCCAGUUGCACUACCUGUCAAAUAAUAUUCUCAAUAUUUAUCAAAAUUACUAUUUCUUUUUCAGGUGAGAUUGGAGGCAACAUGGGAUUAUUCCUUGGUUGUAGCCUGCUGACUAUUUGUGAAUUCUUCGACUUUUUUAUGGGUUUGUUGGCAGCACGAAGACGCCAAUUAUUUAAUUCAACUCAUCCUGCCUGA